UUUACUAAACAAAAAUAAAGUGUGGAGAUCUGACAGCUUUUUUAUUGGUUUCUCUCAACGAACAGAGCAGACAGUGAGAGAGAAAUGCAACGCAACGGAACUAAUGAUAAGGGGCGGAUUCCAACAUAAAGAAGUAACUAGAUUUAAGGAUUGGGUUUGAGGUCCGUGUUUCUUUUUUCUUUGUUGCAAUUUCCAACACCAAACCACACAUCACAUAUUAGACUGUCUUGUCUUUCACAGUUGCUGGAGUUGAGAGUGAGCGAGGGAAGAAAGAAAAAAGCAAAGUCAGAAAAAACAGAUUAAGCAAAAAAAAAAAAACGAACAUGGGAAGAUCCACUUCAUGUUUCAAAAUCAUUACUUGCGGCAGCGAUUCUGCUGACAAAGACGACGCUUUUGAUGUUCCUGAGAGCAAGAGAUCAAGUGAUAAAAAAGGAUGGAGUUUCCGAAAGAGAUCUGAACGGCAUCGGGUGCUUAGCAACACUGUGAUACAAGAAGCUACUUCUGGGCUUAAGGAAAGUCCAGAUUCUGCUGGUUUUAAUUUUCAACAGCCAGAUGUUUCCGUUGCUCCUGAGAAAGCCUCUACCAUCCAAUACACUGAACAGAAAUCUCAGUUGCUGACACAGAAAGAGUACAUUGAAGAAAAAUCUAAGUUGGUGGCACCAAAAGAGCAUGCUGAAGAAAAAUCUGUGUCGCUGACGCCAAUAGAAUGCGCUGAAGAAAAAUCUCAGCCGCCAACACCAAAAGAAUACACUGAAGAAAAAUCUCAUUUGUCAACUCCAGAGGACUCAAAAGUGCCUGAACCUGUUGCUGCCACUACAAUGGAGGCUGAAGAUGACAUCAACCUGGAUGAAUCCGUUGUUGUUAUCAUCCAGACUGCUAUAAGAGGCUUCUUGGCACAGAAGGAGCUAGGAAAGCUAAAGAAUUUAGUAAAGUUGCAGGCUGCUGUACGUGGGCACUUAGUUCGAAGGCAUGCUGUGGGGACCUUAAGAUGCGUUCAAGCCAUUGUCAAAAUGCAAGUUCUUGUUCGUGCACGUCUUGCUCGUCCAUCUCAAGAAGGGUCUUAUACCCAAAAGAAGCUGGAUGGCAAGCACCAUAAAUACAAUCAAAGUUUGCAGGGAAGCUCAGCAACAAAACAAAACACAACUUACACUUCCAUAGAGAAGUUGCUUAGCAAUAGGUUUGCACGUCAGCUGAUGGAUUCAAAACCCAAGACCCAACCUAUACUCAUCAAGUGUGAUCCAUCAAAACCAAAUUCUGCUUGGAGCUGGUUGGAGAGGUGGAUGUUUGUGUCAACAACUGAAAAGGCAUCAACAGCAGAGUUACCUUGUGAACAACCAGAAAGAGAGAAAAGUGACAAUUGUGACUCCUCUCUUGAUGCUACAGCUCCUUCUGAAGCUAGUUCUGAGUCAAAUGAACCAAAGUCUGAUAUAAGGGAGAUAUUGGUUUCAUCAGAGAGUGAAGAGAAUCUGAUCACCUAUGACGCGGCGAACUUUAAGUUUGAGGCAUGCCAACCAACUUCUUCUGUAACAGAUGAUUUGGAGCAAACCCGGAUCGACAACGUGAGUACAUCUGACCUGAAACAGAUCCCACAUGAGAUAAACUCUCAAGAUCAAACAAUGCAAACAGAUGCUCAUUCUCAAACGGAGGUCAGUUGUCUUUCUCACAAGCCUGAAAUAGAGAGUGAACAACCCAAACGUUCUACAAAAAGAUUUACUUCUGACCAACUGGAAGCCGAGGCAAAGAAAUUUGUAAUUGGAUCAAGAAAGGCAAGUAAUCCUGCAUUUAUUGCUGCACAAUCAAAAUUUGAGGAGUUGAGUUCAACAGCCAUUUCAAGAGGAUCAAUAGAUUCAUCCCACCAAAAUGUUGCAGUUGAAUCGAACAUGGAUAAUGUGUCAUGUGCGUCAGAUAUGAUAAGCCGGUCAAUGGAGCCAAGCAUCAUAGAAAAUCCACUCAAUAAUUGGAGGGUUCAAUAUGGUGGCUCUGAAUGUGGCACUGAACUUUCUGUUACUUCCACACUAGAUUCACCUGAUAUAUCUGAAGUUGGAACCUUAGAAUAUGAAAAUGGAGCCAAAGUUUCCGAGCUAGAAAAUUGCAGCCCUAAUGGUACUAAGGAUUUGGAUGUUAAAGAAAAUGACAGAAUUGCAACCCCAGUGCCUGAUUCUUCUUUAUCUGUUGCUGAUCAGCCUGAGAAAUUUGAUGAUGCUAAAGGUGAAUCAGCGAAUUUAAUUGUUGUAAACUCCCCCCAAGUAGAGCAGGAGCAGCCGAAAAGCCCAUCUGAUCUGCAGAGAGAACGCUACACUGAGACAGGCAAUCAGGCAAACAGGUCAUCCCCAGAAGCCUCUCCUAGGAGCCAUAUGACUGUUCCAGAAUCCCAAGGAACCCCUUCCAGUCAGGUAUCGGUGAAGGCUAAAACGGAAAAAAACAAGAGCGGUCAAAAGCGCAAGUCCUUGUCUGCUGCUAAGGGUUCUCCAUCAACUCCAGCUCAUGAUAGUGGUGCGAGAAGUAGUAUGGAACAAUUGCCCAAAGAUCAGAAAAAUGGGAAGAGACGCAACUCCUUUGGUUCAACAAGACCUGAGAACAUUGAUGAGGAGCCAAGAGAUAGUAACAGUAGCAAUUCUCUUCCCCAUUUCAUGCAAGCCACGGAAUCUGCAAGAGCUAAGGUUAAUAAUAAUAACUCACCAAGAUCAAGUCCAGAUGUGCAAGACAGAGACAUUUAUAUCAAGAAGAGACAUUCCUUACCUGGUGCUAAUGGGAGGCAGGGUUCUCCAAGAAUCCAGCGAUCAAUUACUCAACCACAGCAGGGUGCAAAAGGAAAUGGUACCAAUCCUCUUAGUGAGAGAAGAUGGCUACGGUGAAGGGUUACUCGGAACAACCAUACGCCACGGUACCAUGGUAUUCAACCUCUCAGAUUGGAAGUGGAGCUGAUUGUUGGUCUUGCUAUAUAGUUUUAUGUCUCAACAUUUCAUCGCUUCAGUUGAUUCAUGCAUUGUCAUCUGAAGUUUGGCAAGGGAGGAGAUAUAUAUAGAAUGGAGUAAAAAUUUUCUUGUAUAUUACUAGUACCAAAACCAUUAAUAUUAUUAUUGUUAUUAUUAUAUUUUUUUCUGAACUUUCUUCUUGGGAGAUACGCUCGUGUAUUUUUGUUCAUCUGUCUUUGGUGUGAUAUUAUUCAUGUUUGCCACUGCAUGUUUUAGGAUGUCUGUUCGGGGUUUGAGAAACAACGACAGCAAAAGUGGGAGCUUUAGAAAGACCUUUGAUCACACUUUUCGUGUAAUAACUCAGGCCAAUCUCUGUUGUUUCAUUGGCCACAACUACCAUGGCUAAUUUUUAUUUUUUCGGUUUCAGUUCCAUUGAUUAAUUUUAUAAAUACGUUUCACUAUUAAUUUUUUUUAUUUCUAGAAUUUCUCAUUGUUGCU